CCGGCGGCAGCGGCGAUGUGAGCCGGCGGGGCCGGAAAGCGCUGCCCGCAUGGCCGCGGGCGGCGGCAGGAAUGCGCCGGUGUACGGCGGAGAGCACGGCUACCGGGCCCCGCAGCACGACGGCAUGAGGAGGGAUGGAGGCGGGGAGCCGUGCUGGUCCAGGCCCGAGUGCCGCGUGUGGACGGUGAUGCUGCUGCUGGGGACGUGCCUGCUGUACUGCGCCCGCGUCACCGUGCCCAUCUGCGCCGUCGCCCUGAGCGCGCACUUCGGCUGGGACAAGAAGCAGUCAGGAGUUGUGCUCAGCAGCUUCUUCUGGGGCUACUGCUUGACGCAGGUCAUCGGAGGACACAUCAGUGAUCAAAUAGGGGGUGAGAAAGUCCUCCUCCUCUCAGCAUCAGCAUGGGGCUUCCUGACAUUCAUCACCCCACUGCUCACCCAGAUCACGUCUGCACACCUCGUCUUCAUGACCUGCUCCAGGUUCCUCAUGGGGCUGCUGCAAGGGGUCUACUUCCCAUCCCUGGCCAGCCUGCUGUCUCAGAGGGUCCGGGAGAGUGAGCGAGCCUUCACGUACAGCACAGUGGGGACUGGCUCACAGUUUGGGACGCUGGUGAUCGGAGCUGCAGGAUCUCUGCUGCUGGACUGGUACGGCUGGGAGAGCGUUUUCUACUUCUCUGGUUUGCUCACUUUGCUCUGGGUUUACUGCACCUGCAAGUACCUGCUGACAGAGAAAGAUCUCAUCAUCCCCAUAGACUAUUUAAUGAGAAGCAUCUCAAUCUCGAAGCAGAGCAAAGUGCCUUGGAAGCAGCUGUUUAAGAAGGCACCGAUAUGGGCUGUCAUCGUCGCACAGCUGUGCACAGCCAGCACGUUUUUCACCCUGCUCUCCUGGCUGCCGACUUUCUUUAAGGAAACGUUCCCCGAGUCCAAGGGCUGGGUGUUCAAUGUAGUUCCCUGGCUGGUUGCAAUUCCAACAAGCUUGUUCAGUGGAUUUCUGUCCGAUCAUUUAAUUAAUCAGGGGUACAAAACCAUCACCGUUCGUAAGUUCAUGCAGGUCAUUGGCUCUGGAGUCUCAAGCAUGUUUGCCCUGUGCCUGGGUCAGACAUCUAGUUUUUGCAAUGCUAUCGUGUUCGCCUCAGCCUCUGUUGGGCUUCAGACCUUUAACCACAGUGGCAUUUCAGUGAACGUGCAAGACCUGGCCCCAUCCUGUGCUGGCUUGUUGUUUGGUGUUGGAAAUACAGGCGGAGCUCUGCUAGGUGUGGUUUGCGUGUACCUGGCUGGAUAUCUGAUGGAAACAACGGGCUCCUGGAUUUCUGUUUUCAACCUGGUGGCUGCUGUCAACAGUGUUGGUCUCUGUGCGUUCCUGGUGUUUGGAGAGGCCCAGAGGGUGGACACAGACUCUGCCUACAUUGACAUGUAGCAAUGGGUCUGAGGAGCAGUGGAAGGAGCCGGGUGUGUCACGUCUGUGUGCCACUGAUGCACAAGUGCCAAAGAACAUAAUUGUUUUGUGGGUGUUUUAAUGGGACGAAAAUGACUGGGACCAUGUGUGCAGUGGGUCUGAAUGAAACCCACAGCAGAAGAGAAAGGUAGAGUUCCUGUUUUGCUCAGGGCAUGGCUGGUGGUUGGUGAGGCCAUCCAGUUCAAAGUCUACACGUGAGAAUGUGGCCUUGGUUUGCCCCUGUCCCUUUCAGGGGCCAUAUAUGCUGGUGGCUGUCCUGCUGGACGGGGCUGCAGUUUGCACUCUCAGCUUACAGAGUGCAGAGCAUGGGAACGGCUGUGCUUGGCCGCCCUGUGACUGCGUGGGGUAUUUCCAACGCCUGGCUUUUUGUCUGGACUAAAAGCAAAAUCCAAAAGAUUGCACCUCUGACCUUAACCGCCCAUCGCGUGCCUUUGUUUUGCAAUCUGCUCUGCAGGUCCAACCCAGGUGCACAUGUGAAAAGGUUGUGAGAUGGAUUCAAGGCUUCCUUCAGGGCAAGUGAGGAUCUCUAGCUGGGAGCCCUGGGCAGGACAUCACAUCCACACUGCCUUCACCACGCUCCUGCUGAGACCUCAAAGCUCAAACCCUUCACUGGGGGGGACGUGGAGCUGUGCUGCCCUCGUAGUGCAGGGACAGCUGAGGAAUCCUCCAAAAUCAUUUCACUGUAUGCUGUGAAUGUAUGUGAAGAACUGGUCAUGUGCAGUGCUAUGGAUCUGUGCUCCCUGCUCUGUCAGAGGUGUCCUCCAUGUGCUCUUGAAGCACUGGGGGCAAUCCCAAAGAGCACACAGUGGGCAUGGAGUCUGCAUGAGGUGUAAAGCCAAUUCCUAUAUUGGGGACCCGUAGUGCUGGAUGUGGAUCCACACUGUUCCCUGUGUCAGGGGGAAUACUUGGCUGUUCAAGUCUCUGAGCCUGAAUGUCUGAAGUUAUUUAUAAAUAUUUUUAAAUUGAAGUACCAAAUUCUAUAUUUUAUGUACUUGAGGCCUGAUUCUGCAUGCCUGUUUUCUGUGGUACUCCCAGCAAAGCCCAUGGGAUUUCUAAAGGGGAAGGAUUUACCAGCCUACAGCUUCUGCUUUUGUAGGAUCUAUGUUUUGUGUGACAUUUCACAUUAAAGGAAGUCACUGCUCUGUCUCUCACCCUUCUCUCACAGCUCACCCAGCACUUCAGUGGGUUGACUGCAUUAUCUGCCUCUGUAAACUGGCCAGAAAGUUACAGAUCUAAGGCCAGGUUCCACCUUCAGGUAUCCUCAGCAAAGCAUUGAACCCCCUUUUCCACAGCUGUACAAUUAUUAGUUUAAGCAGCAUUGCCAAAGCUUGCUAUCAGAGAUGGUGUUAUGGAAGGAUCUACAAAAUAAA